CAAAACCCAUUUUCUCUUCCUCUCCAAAACCCACGGCCAUAAAACCCACAAAACCCACCCACAGCCCCCAUUGCUUGGAGGAAGCCAUUGCCGGAAAAAGCUUAUGGAAGCCAUGCCAAAGAAGCCCCAUGGAAGCUAUGGUCCGUAAAGCCAAAGCCAUCUCCAAGAAACUCCCGUAAAAAUCAUUUCUCUCUAGGUUUUGGGUUUUGGUGCUUUUGGAAAAACCACACUUAAUUACUUCCUAAGGAAAUGUCACAUCGAAGAGGAAGAGUGCAAAUAGUGUCUCCAGAAGAUGAGUUGGACAAUCUACAACAACUCUUAGACAUACAACCUGCUGCAACUACUACUCCUAGUAGUUCUGAUCCUUCUGAUUCUUCAGAUCCUUCUGUUGUUGGUUCAUCCUCUAGCAAAAAGAGGACACGUGGCCUAAUACGUAACUUAGAUUUACUUAGUAUGAAACCCGGGGAAAAAAAAACUACACGAUUCAAUACCAGAGGACAAGUUAUUUAUGAUGGAAAAGGGGAAAGAUUGUCAAGCUAUAUAGGAACAUUGGUGCGAUCUCAACACAAUGUACCCAUCCAAGUUCAAGAUUGGAAUCACGUUAGUGAAGAUGUGAAAGAAAAGAUUUGGGCCUUAGUAUUGGAAAAAUAUGAACUAGAAGAAACAUGUAAGAGCUACAUUCUUCAAUGUUGUGGAAAUUUGUUUAGAAGCUAUAGAAAUAAAAUGAAGGCCAAGUAUUAUAACCCUUAUAAUACAGAUGAGGAGAGAUUGUGCCAUCGACCUCCACACUUAUCGGAUGAUGAUUGGAGGUGGCUCAUCCACUUUUGGGGUACACUUGAGGCCAAGGUAAAGAUAAUGAUCUUUUCUUGAUAAUGUAUCUUAUGAUACUCAUAUUCACAUAAAAUGAUAUUUAUUAGUUAUAUCUAACCUAAUACUUCAUGUAUAUAACUUUUAUUAUGUUUCUAUUACCUAUAUAGGUGAC